AUGGACUCAACAAAAUGGUUGAUUUCGGAGGCUUGGCGAUGGUUUGAAAAUUUCCUCUCAAGUUGGGAGCGAGCUGUUGAAGUGUCUGAGGAUAAUGGUCUCCUUUUCGGUGACCCAAGCUAUGCUGCUAUCCUUCGCGAGAAAAUCAGUAAACUGUCCAUUGACUCGAGUCCGUUGGAAAUGUUGAUACUCGCCGAUCAUGGAGGUGAAGCAAAAGAAGCUGUGGAAGGGAUGAAGAAAGGAUUCGUGAAAAUGCAACAAGAUGAUUAUGGAGAUGGACAAGCGGUUCUCGUAAUUCAUUUUUAUCAGAACAAUAGAACGAGAAGAUUUGAAAGGAAUUACUUUCUCGAAGCGAGCUACCAUCCGAAACGCUUGGCGUAUUUGAUGAAGAACACAGAUCCGUACAAUGACCAUUUUUCUAUUGGAAGCGUUGAUGAAUAUCAGAAGAAAAUAGGCGCUGACUAUGAGAGUUUGCUGAGGAAUGCAGAAGUGGAUAUGCUAAUGCACCCCGAUAAGCGAAUGCUCGAUUGGGGAAUUAAAGCGAAAAUCGUUGUGAGGCCAAUCUGUGAAAAUGUUGAUACAAUUCUUCAAAUGAUUGAUUCUUUUCAACCAUCUCAUCUCUAUUUUGGGGGUGGCGAACCAGCGAAUACAAAAGAAACUCUAGAGCAGUUCAUCAAAAGUGAUCAGAUUAAAACCUUAUCCGCUUUGAAAAUGAAUGUCGAUAUGUCGCUUUUUCACGUAUUUCUCAAUGUGAAGAUUCCAAAAAUGAUCCUUGUUGUGGACAACAUUUUAAAUGGGAUUGGGAGUCUGUUGUUGUCUUUUGGAGAAGAAAUCGUUCAGCAAUGGGAAAGAAAAGAACGGGAAAUCGAUGUUCUUAUUUUGCACUGUAUAAGCAAUGAAGAUAUUGAUGCAACGUUUAUCGCACAAUCGGAAGUCCACCAAGUGGCCAAUCAAAUCGCUUAUGGGCGAAAUGGGUCAUUCAACGAUUCAAAAAUCGAUUCACGAGUGAAACUGAUUAGAAGAGAUGAUGGUAAAGGUCUCUUGAUCAUCAGCAAUGAGGAGUCUUUGCUCUUCGUUGAUUGUGACUAUAAAGCAAGGAGAAAACGUGGUUUUCCCGAUUCGAGUGCUUUACGAGAUCUCCUUGCAAGAAUGAGCACCUUUCUGUGGGAUUUGGAAACGAUUGAGAAGGAGGAGAAAUUCGGAAUCAAGGAGAAACAAUUUUCGGAAGAAGUGAUUGAAUCGGAUAUUUUCGCAAUUUUUGGUGACGAUGUUUGGACGGAUCCUGAUUUGGAAAAUGAAAAGGAUCCAGAUGAAAAUAGUUUGGAAAAGCGCAAAAAGGAGGUUCUGGGAAAAAUCGAGGAAGGACUCAAGACGUAUAUCAAAAUUCGAAAGGCGGUAGAAUCCGAUCGAGCACUCCGAAUUGAUCAGUUAUGGAGCGACACGACGGAAAAGGGAGAAAGUCUUUUCGUCGAAACAAUGAAUCGAAUGGUUUAUGAACCGAAUUUUAUUAAUCGCUCUCUUCUUCCGGAUGAUUGGACUGGAGAGUACAAUCUUCUCGAAUAUGUUCAAGAAUACGAGGAGACCGGGAAAAUUUUGCCUUACUAUGAACCU